UUCGACACUGUGGAAGUUGGUCGUAUUCAACAGUGUGAAGACAAGUGACGUGACGUGGAUAACUAUAGACACAGGACACAGACGUGUUGUAAAACUUCACGAACCGUAAGGAGAGCUGUGGCUGCGUCUGUGGAUAUGCAACAUUAUUAGCUUUAACGUCACUGUCCUCACAUUUCCACUGACGAUCCUGACGAAGGGAGUUUUUCACCUCUAUUCUACGGCACGGUGCUUCCUAGGCUGGCUAGCUCAUUAGCCCCCGGAACCCACCUCCGGUGAGGUGCACCGAUGGCUCACUAAAGUCAACCUCAUGCAGGUCAAACAGCGCACCGGUCCGAGGCUCAAACAUGAUAACGAUCUGAAAAACUGGACAGACCGCCGCUUCAGUUUACUCAGCAGCAACCGCCGUGGUUAGCUCGCUAGCAUUAGCUUGUCCACUAAGAAUCAGCAAAGUGUCAAAAUGGGCUCCCUGCUGCGAGGUGAGGAGAUGUGCCUGGCCCAGCUGUUUCUUCAGUCCGGCUCCGCGUACGACUGCAUCAGUGAACUGGGAGAGCUCGGCCUGGUGGAGUUCAGAGACCUCAAUCCAACCGUUAACUCCUUCCAGCGAAAACAUGUCAACGAGAUCAAGAAAUGUGAAGAAAUGGAGAGGAUUCUUGGAUACCUUCUGAGGGAAAUAAAGAAAGCUGACAUUUCACUUCCUGAACGAGACGUAAAUCCAGUGGCUCCCUUACCAAAGCACGUCAUGGCUAUAAUGGAGCAGCUACAGAGGCUAGAAGUGGAGCUAGGUGAAGUCACCAAGAAUAAAGAGAAGCUGCAGAAGAAUCUACUGGAGCUGAAAGAGUAUACACAUAUGCUACGCAUCACCCGCAACUUUGUGCAGAGACCCUCUGAGCGAGAGCCCCUACAAGUACAGUAUGAGGAGUUUCCCUUCCUAGAAAAAGACUCAGUGAUGGACUACAGCAGCAUGCAGAGGCUUGGAGCCAAACUGGGUUUCAUCUCUGGGCUUAUUCAGAGGACAAAGAUCGAAGCCUUUGAGCGGAUGCUUUGGCGAGUCUGUAAAGGCUACACUAUCAUCAGCUAUGCCGAGGUGGAGGAGUAUCUAGACGAUCCUGACACGGGUGAACCAACCAAAAGCAUAGUGUUCCUGAUCUCUUACUGGGGAGAACAAAUUGGCCAAAAAGUGAAGAAGAUCUGUGACUGCUACCACUGUCACUUGUAUCCCUAUCCCACCAACAACGAUGAGCGCACUGAUGUUGUCGAAGGCCUAGGAACUCGCAUUCAGGACCUUCACACAGUGCUUCAUAGGACUGAGGACUACCUGAGACAGGUCCUGAUUAAGGCCUCGGAGUCCGUGUACACCUGGGUCGUCCAAGUCAAGAAGAUAAAAGCCAUCUACUACAUUCUGAACCAGUGCAGUUUUGAUGUUACAAAUAAGUGUCUGAUUGCUGAGGUGUGGUGUCCUGUCGGUGACAUUCCCACCCUGCGGAGGGCACUGGAGGAAGGAUCGAGAAAAAGUGGAUCGACGGUGCCGUCCUUCGUCAAUCGUAUCCCCACCGGCGACACUCCCCCAACCCUUAUCAGGACCAACAAAUUUACCUCUGGCUUCCAGAACAUUGUGGAUGCCUAUGGUGUGGGCAGUUACAGGGAGGUCAACCCUGCUCCUUUCACCGUCAUCACUUUCCCAUUCUUGUUCGCUGUGAUGUUUGGGGACCUGGGUCAUGGACUCAUUAUGGCUCUCUUUGCUUUCUGGAUGGUGUUGCAUGAGAAGAACCGCAAACUUAAGAACACCAGUAAUGAGAUCUGGAACACGUUUUUCGAGGGCCGUUACAUCAUCCUGAUGAUGGGCCUGUUCUCCAUCUACACUGGACUCAUAUACAAUGACUGCUUCUCAAAGUCUCUGAACAUCUUUGGGUCUGGAUGGAGCGUGAAUGCCAUGUUCAAAGCAAACGUGUGGAAGGAUGGUGAUCUCAGUGGAAAUCGUUUUCUUACUCUGGAUCCAAAUGUAACAGGAGUUUUCAAGGGUCCAUACCCUCUGGGAAUCGACCCGAUAUGGAACUUGGCAACCAAUCGCCUAACAUUUCUGAACUCCUACAAGAUGAAGAUGUCUGUGAUAGUGGGCGUUAUUCACAUGAGCUUCGGGGUCAUCCUCAGCACUUACAAUCACCUACACUUUAGGAAAAAGCACAACCUGUACUUGGUAUUCCUCCCCGAGAUCCUGUUCCUGCUGUGUUUGUUUGGCUAUCUGGUGUUCAUGAUAUUCUACAAGUGGCUGGUCUUCACAGCUAAGGACUCCCAACAUGCUCCAAGCAUCCUCAUCCACUUCAUCAACAUGUUCCUCAUGCAGGGUGAUGCAGUGUUGCCCCUUUACCCAGGACAGAUCGGCCUGCAGGUGUUUCUGCUGGUGAUUGCUGUUCUCUCAGUGCCUGUUCUACUGCUGGGCAAACCCAUCUACCUUUAUUGGCUGCACAAUGGAAGCCAACAAAUAAGAAUAAUGUACAGGGGAUAUGAGCGCGUGCGGCGGGACAGUGAUGACGAACUCUUCCUGAUGAGGACUCAUGACAUGGAGGAGGGCAGCGGUCACAGUGAUCUCUCCACGAGUGCAGAACACCAGAAAGAGGAGUUUGACUUUGCAGAUGAGUUCCUGCAUCAGGCCAUCCACACUAUAGAGUAUUGCCUUGGGUGUAUUUCCAACACAGCCUCCUACCUGAGGCUCUGGGCUCUGAGUCUGGCACAUGCACAGCUGUCAGAUGUGCUGUGGGCCAUGGUGAUACGAGUGGGACUUCGCAUGGACAGCAGUCUGGGAGUUUUAUUCCUGGUGCCAGUGUUUGGCCUGUUUGCAGUUCUCACCGUGUCCAUCCUCCUGGUCAUGGAAGGUCUGUCUGCCUUCCUCCAUGCACUCCGACUACACUGGGUGGAGUUUCAGAAUAAGUUUUACAGUGGGCUUGGAGUCAAGUUUUGCCCCUUUUCCUUCUCUCUGCUGCCCUCCAGCUUUGAGCAUGACGGCUUACUAUGAAAGGACUUUCUUGUUAUACUGUAGCAAAAAAAAAAAACAAGGCCAUGGCAGAACUCCAGACAUGUCGGGAAGUGAUUUUGACCUUUUCUCUUUUCUUUUUUUGAAUAAUUUCAAUGAAAUAAUGAGCCUCACAAACUUCCAGAAACAGACGGUGCAGAAUGUACUUUGAAGAAAUGACUGUUUUGCUUCACUUCUGAAUAUGUUGUGAGGUUGAAGUGCAAUGAAAUACAACUUGUAUUCUAAAAAAAAAAAGAGAUCACUUUUCUUUAGAGCCACCAGUUUUUUUUAGUUGAUGACCAACACAAGUAUAAGAUAAGUUAGAUUAAUAAGUAAAUAGUUGACCUCGAGAUUUGCCUUUACAGACAACACUAAAUAGUUCAAUCAGUUAUGGUGAUUUUUUUUUCUUUUCUUGGGAUUUGCUGGUUAAGAUAAAAGAACAUUUAUCUUUAUCGUCUUUAUUAAUGCUGGUAUUCCUUUGGUUCUAGUUUAGUUUGGUCUGGAUUCCAUACACUGGUUAGUGAGCCACUUUACAAUCGCAUCACGUUCUCAUUCAUCUCGUUGCUGCACUGAUUGCCUUAUCAAAGUACAACCAAAUGACAGCAUAUACUGUAUCAGUCUUCAGUUUCCUCUUGUAUUCUUUCUUACUUUGUGGUACCGAAACGCUGCAAAGGAUCUUUGGACUUUUCUGUUUUUGAAAAGUGCUUGGGGCGGGUGUAUGUGACUUAGAUGUAUAUACUUUUUUCCAGAAGAUUUGUUUUUAAUUUAUUGUAUUUUUAAAUGUAUCAGAAUUAAAGAUGAAUAUUAAUGGAACGUGAUUUUUUACUUUAAUGCAUUCACAGUGUUGCCUAUGCGUCCACUUACUGUACAUUUUUCACAUUCCAGUCAUGGGAAGACUUUAGUGGAUCUCAGCUCUUGGUUGUCUUGAGCUCCUUACUUUGAAGGAUUUUUUGUUUAAUUUAACACGGUUGGUCAUUGAUUAUUAGAGUAACAUUGUGUUUUCUAGUUUUGUACAUUUCCCAGUAUUGUAUGGUUAGUAUUAGACAAUAAGAGACAUUAUUGUCGUUGUUGUGCAUUAUUGACCUGUCAGCACUUUUUGUCCAGUGGCAACAGUUUUUAUGGUGAGAAACUGCCACAUGUCUGAGAGUCUCCACCUUGUGUAUCAACUUUUAAAUGUUAAAGCUCAAUUUUACAAGUGGCCGUUGCUGUUUUAUUGCUCCAAGUAAUGUUUGCCUUAAUGAACGGUGACAUUUUAUAGGGUGGUUGAGUGGGUAUUCCUGAUUUCCUCUAAUGUAGUCCUAAUCUUUGAACUAAAACUCUGUUUUUCAAACACUCCAUUUGAUGGCAAAAUCAUAUCUUCAUCAUUUUGUUGAUAAUAAAUUGUUUUUGCUUGGG